UUGACUUUCUAUAGGCACUGUAUAUAUUAUAUAUAUGCUGAUACCUUUGACAUGGAGCAGGUCAACAAUGGUGAAAGCUGUAAUAAGCCCAGUAAGCGUGACCCAGGUCAUCAUGAAAUAGCAAUUUCUACAACAGUGUGCCCUCAGUCCUGAUUGCAGUGCCUAACCCUUAGUGGGAUAUCAAAUUACCCGUAUGUUAUUCUAUAGGGAUUGCUGAGGGAGCAGGGGACAAUGAAUGCUGUUGUUGUUCACCCUUCACUGUUUCCAGCUUCAAUCAAAGCAGAAGCCAUGUUUCCUGUUACAGAAACAAGGAGAUUCAAUUUGGGGGCAUUAGUAACCACAGAAAGACAUUGUUUGGGAAUUAAUUAUAUACAAAAAUGAGCUGGCCUGCUUCAUGCUAGGUUAGGUGAAGUGCACAAAUUGCAUACUUUCAAUUCUCAGUGUAAUUGAAAGAGAAAUACUACUCAAUUUUCAUAGAUGAAAAUCAACCAAUAUCAUCUGAUUAAAACCAAAUACACGUGUGCUUCUUUCCAGUUCUCCUCCCACUGUAGGGUUCAAGGACCAGGGUUAUAAGUAUGAGUGAAGGGUAGCCAGCCUGUUUUUUUCCUGUUUGAAGAUAAGAGAAGGACAGAAGAGCCAAGAUGAACUAUCUGACCAGGGUCUUUGUGAUUACACUGUUUUUUGUCAUUUUAGCCCAGGUGUCCAGUCAAAAUGAGAUAAUCACAUGGUGUGUGCUGUCAGAUGCAGAGGAGCAGAAAUGUCUGGAUUUCGCUGUGCAUUCCUCAGGGAAGAACCUUCAUGGCAAACUUCACUGUACCAGAGCAUACAACAGUAUAGACUGCAUGGAAAAAAUAAAGAAUGGCACAGCUGAUGCAGCUACCAUGUCAGCAGAUGAUAUUUACUCUGCAGGUUGGUGUUAUGGACUGGAACUUGCUGCUGGGGAAUCCUAUAAUGCAAUAGAUGGCAUCAGCUAUUAUGUCGUUGCUUUGGCAAGGAAGUCAUCCAGUGACAUUUCCAUGCUGGAGAUGCAUGAAAGGAGCUCUUGUCACCCAGGAAUCCAAACCACAGUUGGCUGGACGGUGCCUAUUGGAUUUCUGAUGAACACAUCGCAGAUCAGUGUGGAUGAACAGUGCAAUUUCCCAAAAGCUGUUGGGGAUUUCUUUGGCUACAGCUGUGUUCCAGGAGUGAAGGACCCUGAGUACGACCCCAAAGGAAACAACCCUAAAAACCUGUGUGAGGCCUGUAUUGGAGAUGAUAACGAUGGGAAUGUCUGUGCCAACGACCCCUCUGAGCGCCACUUCGGUGAGGCGGGAGGGGAGUCCAGGUGUGUUGCAGAAAAUCUUGGUGAUGUGGCUUUUGUCAAACACUCCACGGUUUCUGAUAUCAUGAAUGUUAAAGACCCUGAAUCGUGGGUAAAGGAACUGGAGCUUGAAGACUUGAAGCUGCUGUGUCCAGACGGCACGGAGGCCACCCUGACCGAGCACAGGAAGUGUAACCUGGCGGCUGUCCCUGCAAGCGCUGUGGUGGUGCGCCUGGAGGAUAAGUGCAGAGUGUUCAAGUUUCUCAACAGGGCACAGAGAAUGUUUGGGAAUGCUACGCAGGGGUUCUCACUGUUUGACUCCUCUCCCUACGGAGGGAAAGACCUGAUGUUCACCGAUGGAACCCGGAAGCUUCUUAAAGUUGUAGGAAGCUACUCCUCAUGGCUUGGCCCCAGCUACACAAAGGUUCUUCAGGCUUUUGAAUGUGAAGGUAUCUGCUAAAAGCAUCCUGAAUAGGAACUUCCAUGUGCCCAAAUCCCUCCUUCCCGACCAUCUCUCUCCAGAUGUGUUUACACCUCAAGGAUGGCAUGUUCUCCUCCUCACUGGUUUUUCAUUUCUUUAAAGCUUUUUGAAUUCUUAAUAAGAUUAUUAUUGUUUGUUUAUCAUGUAUUACUGCUGCAUUGUUGGUUCAAUUCACCUGGUCUGUUUUGAAAUUAAAAACUCAGGCUUCCUGAAAUGAAAUUAAAUUUCAAUGCACUCUAUACUUUCAUUAUACCACGUCCUUCCGAUCCUUUUGUGUGCAAGGUCAAGGUCAAAUCGUACGUUCUACAGUGCAACAGACAUGCUUCUAAUAGGAUCUGAAAUAUGAUGGAGCCAGUCAUAAGGUCAGACAGCGCUGGACUGAGACCUUCAGACAUCUAGAUUGAUGAAUGCAUAAGGAGUGGGAGCAGAUUUGUUGUAUUUAACUUUUUG